AUGGCCAACGCUCCGCAGAAGCGCGGCGACAAGGUCACUUUCAGCGCGUACAAUUCCGGCAAGGGCGGUGGCCGCACGUACCUCGACGAAGCCGGCGUCACAUCGAUUCCGACCCGCGCUGUCGACUUCGAUACGUCCCUUGCUGCCAAGGCCGUGGCAAGGCUCGGCCACGGCCCUCCUUGCCCUGACCACCUGCCGUUCCUCUGCCGGCCCAAAUCAACGUCGCCUCCAGAAAUUGUUGCAACUUUCGGCACAGAGGACUACUAUGCAGCCCUCGGCACGAUCGACUGGGACAAGGUGCUGUUCGGCUUGGAUGCAAUGGGAAUCCGAGCAUAUGCAGACAGGUUCAACGCUGCGCACGCCGAGCCUGCUGCUCGUGGACACCAGACCGUGCUGGACUUCAUCCUUCGCCUGAAGUCCUGGCCAAGAGAGAUGUUCUCAGAGGGAAAGGGCCCCUCUGAGGGCUGGCUCUUUGAGCGCAUCCGCUUUUGGCGCCCUGCAGAGAGCCAGAUCAAAAAAUCUAGCUGGUACGCAGACACGGUCGCAAAGUAUGGCAAGCCCGAGGACGACACCCCUGCGACUCGAGAGGAAGACGAGGAGGACACGCAGCAGGAGACGGCCAACGGCGGGAAGCGCAAGGCCGCUGGCAGCGGGAGCGGCAUGAGCGUCGCAAAGAAGCAACACGCGACUACGCCCGCAAAGAAGCAAAAGACUGCUGCGCUCGUUGAGAACAUCUUCCCGCCGACGUCCAUCAAGGUCAAUCGUCUCAGUCCUCUCUGGGCCGCUCUCCUGCUCCUCGGCCUCCAGCCUCAGCACUUUUUCAGCUAUCGCGUGCAGCUGCCCAACGUCGCCGCGCCCAGCACGUAUCUCGGCUUCUACGGGGCGCUGCACCUGAUCCUUUUCCGCUUCUGGCUCGCAGGUCUGGAACGGACGCGCGACAGACGCUUUUGA